CAAGAGGCAGGCUGCAGGUAGCCGCCAGCGUUGCUGGAGGGAGGUCUGGCGGGGCGAGGUGCUGGGCGGUGCGGGCCGUGCACGAUUGCGGGAGAAGAACUACAGCCUCAGUCCACCCGGCAGAGCUAAGACAGGGGCCGAGGGAACUCCGAAUCGCUCCUGGGAAGGCGGAGCUGACCUGGAAACCUGUCCUUGGCCACUGUCCUAUCUAAGGAGUUCACCUUCCAGAGCCCGCCUGCACAGAACUGGCAGGGGACCCUCUUAGGAGCAGAGGUGAUGGCGAUCUUCAGGCAGCUGUCUCUGGGCGCAAAGGCCGCCCUGGCAGCCGGCACUGUCUUCGUGUCCAUGGUCGUCUCCCGCUCCUACCUGGCGGAGAGCCUCGAGCUCAGGGCCUGGCGGUGGCUGUUCCGCCUGCAGCUCGCCCUGUUUGCCAACUCGCUCAUGCUCCUCGGUUCCCUCUACAUCUGGCGAAGCACCGUCAGCAACCUCAGCCACUCCCCUGCUGCAGAGUCGGCCUGUUUCCAGCUUUGGAAGAUGGCCGUUGUGGCCUUCCUGGCCCUGGCCCAUUCCAGUUUCUUCACCAUGCUCUUUCUAGUGGCCGAGGAGCCCUAUCUCUUUUCCCUGACGGCCUACUCCUGCCUCGGGGCAUACAUCAUCAUGGUCUGCUUCCUCUGUACCCUCAGUGGCAUGGAGCAGGCCUACCAGCUCCUGGCCUUGCGCGCCGGCAGGGUGGUGGGCAGCCUUGACAAGACAAGGAAGCUGGCACUCAGGCCAGCGCUGGCGGUGCUGGUGUCCGCCGUGCUCAGUGUGGUAGGGCUGCUGAACGCUGCCCAGCCCCCGGCUGUGAAAACCGUGGAGGUGCCCAUCCACUGGCUGCCCGCCUCCAUGGACAACCUCAGGAUUGCACUGCUCUCGGACAUCCACUUGGGCCCCACGGUGGGCAGGACCAAGAUGGAGAUGUUCGUGAAGAUGGUGAACACGCUGGAACCGGAUGUCACAGUGAUUGUCGGUGACCUCUGCGAUGCCGAAGCCUCUGUCCUCCGGACAGCCGUCGCUCCUCUGGGCCAGCUUCGUUCACGCCUCGGCACCUACUUCGUCACGGGGAAUCACGAGUAUUACACAUCAGAUGUCAGCAACUGGUUUGCGCUGCUGGAAUCCCUGAAUGUCACGCCCCUUCACAAUCAGAACGUGAAGAUUUCUGCCACCCGGGCCCAGCCUGCCGGGGGUGAGGAUGAUGACUGGAUCUGCUUGGCUGGGGUGGACGACAUCGAAGCAGACAUCCUGCACUACUCUGGCCAUGGCAUGGAUCUCGAGAAGGCUCUGGGGGGCUGCAGCCCGGACCACACCACCAUCUUGCUAGCUCAUCAGCCCCUGGCUGCCAAGAGAGCUCUCCAGGCUCGGCCAGAUAUCAACUUGAUCCUUUCUGGGCAUACUCACGCUGGGCAGAUCUUCCCCUUGAAUGUGGCAGCCUAUCUCCUGAACCCCUUCUUUGCUGGUCUGUACCAAGUGGCCCAGACUACAUUUGUUUAUGUGAGCCCAGGCACGGCCUACUAUGGGAUACCCAUGCGACUGGGCAGCAGGGCGGAGAUUACAGAGCUCGUCCUGCAGCGGGUUCCCUGAACCCGCCCCUGCCCCAUGCACCUCCUCAUUGCCCUUGCCCUCUGUCCCCGACCCUCUGAAGACCAGGCUGCCUGCUUUAUCCCCUCCAGUCUCCUGCCAGCACAUGCUUGUCACAAGACUGGCUUGCACCGUGAUCAGUGGUGGGGCUGCCUGGCAAGUCCAGGCCAGUUAACUCUGUAGAUGGCCAUCUGCUUCUUUCUGUGCAUUUGUGAGGCCACUAAAGUCACAUGUGUAGGAACAGGCAUCUAUUUUCCAGAUGAUGUGGAGUAAGCCCUCCUCCUCUGCAGAACUCAUGGGGAUGAACUGAAUCAGGGGGUUGCUUGAAGGGGAUGCCUGUGGAAAGUGGAGUAGGGAGGGGACUCUUGGUAUUUUAAAAGCCUCUUUAGGACUUAAGCAAUUUUCAAAAUCAUUGAUCCAGAGCUUUCUGGGGAAGGGGCAGUGUGGCUAGGUAAUCUGGGAGAACUGGCGAGAUGGAGGUCCCCCUCUGGCUGCUGGAGAAGAAGGUUUUCUUUUCCCCCUUGGUUCUAUCAGAGUCACCUUUACUGAGAGCGUCAGCCAAAUCGGCUGGAAUAUAGGGCUCAUCCCGUUCCGGGCCGUGAGUGAUGCUGUCUAAUUGGCUGUGUUUCUGGGCCUUUGGGGGUGGGGGUGGGGUGGAAGGCUGGGAACACUGGUAGGU